GAACAAAGAGUGGAUAAGGACAAUGCAAUAUGUGUAACUGCAAGAUGAUAAUGUCAGGUCAGUGAUGAAUGGGUGUAGUUUCUGAUAAUCAAAUCCACAACACAGGUUCAACCCCUUUAAUACUCUAGAUAAGCUACAUAUAAAAACGCCCGUGAAACUAGGAGUAGACGAUAACAGUGGUUGAAGUGGAUGAAGGUGGUUGACUGACGCUGGGAGAGAGUACGUUCUAGGACAAAACAAGAAGCAAUCAUGGGAGGAGCUAAUAUAAAACCAGAGCUUACAUUGCAGCUGCAGGACCAGAGAGUGAAAUUAAACGAGGACAUUGUAUUCCAGUGUAAGGCGAACGACCUUGAGGACGUAAAGGUCAUAUGGGAGAAGGAUGGACUGACGUUGCAUAAAAGUUAUAGGAUCUGCAUCAAUCAGAGUGGGACAGAAUUAAGUCUGACGAUCAAGUGUGCCAAGGGAGAAGAUGAGGGCAACUACACCCUAUGGCUCAGGAAAGGUUCAGACAGUGUCUCACACUCAGUUAAAGUCACUCUUCUUGAGUAUGACAAGAAUUGGCGGUCCAUAGAAUGGCGGGAAAAGCUGGACAUCAAGCACAACUUAGAGGACCUCACACUCAAAAACCCACAGGUAAAACACCUGAACUUCCUGCUGCUUGGCCCUGUGGGGACUGGGAAGUCCAGCAUCAUCAACUCCAUCCAAAGCGUCUUCAAGAACAGAGUCGAAGUUGGGGCGCUGGUCGCUGCAGAGGCUGGCACAAGUUUCACGUUAGCUUACAACAACUAUCAAAUUAAAAACAGCGAAAACAAAGCUUUGCCGUAUGUAUUCAGUGACAUCAUGGGUCUGGAGAAUGAUGAUAUGGAAGGGUCGCAUCCUGAUGACAUCAUCAGUAUGUUAAAAGGACAUGUCAGAGAGGGUUACAGGUUAAAUCCUAGGUGCGCAUUGACCGAAAACAACCAAAAUUACAACAGCAGUCCUACUCCGGGUGAUAAGAUCCAUUGUCUGAUCAGUGUGCUCCCAGCUGAUAAAAUAUCUCUGAUGGAGAAAAAGGUUUUUGAAAAGAUGGAUGUCAUCAGAAAGAAAGCCAGUGGCAUGAAUAUCCCUCAGGUGGUUUUCAUGACGCGUGUGGACUUGGCCUGUCCUCUAGUAAAGGAUGACCUGCAGUGCAUCUAUUCAAGCAAAAAUAUAAAGCGGAAAAUGCAGGAGUGCAGUAACUCGGUGGGUCUUCCCAUGAACUGCAUCUUCCCAGUGAAGAACUACCACGAGGAGAACAAACUGGACGGGAAAAUGGACAGCUUGAUACUGGAUGCUCUGAAGAACGUUGUAAACUUUGCUGAAAGCUAUGUGGAUCGCCUUUACCAUCUUGAGCAUUAACAAAAAAACUAUGAAGUAGUAUUCCACAAAAUGGUGUCUGUAAGUCCCCAUUAAGCCAGAUAGCAUAACAUGUCUUGGGUCCUCCUUUGAAUUCCUGACAUCUUGAGCAUUAA